GGAAGAAAAAAACACAGUGAAGUGUUUUCCCCAGUAAAUGUACUGCUACGUGUGCAUUAUAAGGAGAGUAAACGGCUGCUCGGAUUCGGCUCCACACAGCCUCAAUGAACGCAAACGGUUAACGCAUGGACUGUAACAUGGAUGGAUAUCUAGAUCAGCAAGUGCCUUACACUUUAGCUAAUAGAUUGCAAGGAAAUGGGCCCCUAAAUAGACUGUUGGUGGCAGCGAAAAGGAAAUACAUGGACACCGAAUUACCCCCUCAGGAAUCUGAAGACCUUUUUCAGGAUUUAAGUCAGCUUCAGGAGACAUGGCUCACAGAAGCUCAAGUUCCUGACAGUGAUGAGCAGUUUGUUCCUGACUUCAUCUCAGAAAACUCGGUGGCAUUCCACAGCCCGCCAGUGAAGAUUAAGAAGGAGCCUCAGAGCCCGGGUUCAGACCCCAGCCAGUCCUGCAGCCACAAGCAGAGCUUCAGCUAUCCCAGCGGAGAGCAGUGCCUUUACGCCAGUGCCUAUGAACAGAAACGAGCAGCAGCAACAUCAGCAGCAGGAUCCAAAAGCUCCUGUCCCGGGACUCCCAUGUCCCCCAUGCAUUACUCCCCCAAACCAAUGGUGGCCAACCGGCCUGAAUCGGGGUAUAUGAACGCACCCUCUGCAAGCCAGUCACACCCAAGCCACAGCCAGAAUUACCCCAUGAACCCCAGCUCCAGGUUCCAGUCAGGCUCGGCCGACAUGUGCGCUCCAUUCGGGCCUCCGGGUCAGACCCUGCAGCGCAUGCCCCCUAAUCCCGCCGGAGGAGCGGGCGCCGGGGGCGGCGGCGGGUACCACCGGCAACACUCGGACCCAUGCAUGCCCUACCUGCAGCAGACCUUCAAGCAGGAGUUCAUAGACCCGUUGUACGAGCAGGCAGCCCACAUGGGCACGGUUCCCCCUCAGAGGUUCCCUCCGGCCCAUAUGAUGGUCAAGCAGGAGCUCCCAGACUACACCUACGAACCUGAUGUUCCCGGUUGCGCCUCUAUGUACCACCACAACGAGGGUUACCCCAUUACCCAACACAGCAAUGAAGGCUACAGGUUUGAAAACGACUCUCGUGUGGUUCCAGAGAAAUUUGAAGGUGAGGUAAAGCAAGAAGGUGGUGGCACAUUCCGUGAAGGUGCCCCCUAUCAGCGACGUGGCUCUCUGCAGCUCUGGCAGUUCCUGGUGGCACUCCUGGACGACCCUGGGAACGCGCACUUCAUUGCCUGGACUGGCCGCGGCAUGGAGUUCAAACUCAUCGAGCCGGAAGAGGUUGCCAGGCUCUGGGGCAUGCAGAAGAACCGACCAGCUAUGAACUACGACAAACUGAGUCGCUCCCUGCGCUACUACUAUGAGAAAGGAAUUAUGCAAAAGGUGGCAGGAGAGCGCUACGUUUACAAAUUUGUGUGCGAGCCGGAGGCGCUGAUCUCUCUGGCUUUCCCCGACAAUCAGCGGCCCAGCGUGAAGGCCGAAAUCGAUCGCUACGUCAACGAGGAGGACACGGUCCCGCUGUCCCAUCUGGAUGAAGGAGUGUCUUACCCCUCCGAACAUGCUGCCACCAACCUGGGCCCUCAGGCCUACUCCAAAGGCUACAUGUACUAAUGGCGCCUACAAGCCUCAUCGAUCCCCAAUGCACCUAUUGCACAUGCCCGCCCCAUCCACUUGUAUAUAUACGGCUAUGGUGUUUUUUAUUUUUGGUUUGUUUAAAUUAAUAUCAUAGGGACUUUCUUUCAGCUAUACAAGAUAAACACAUGCCUGUGGUUUUACCAACUGCUUAAUAAUAAUAAUAAUAAUAGUAAUAAUAAAAGACUCAAUAUUAUUCCUACCAUACGUUCACACCAGACUGUUUUCUCACUAGGCUAUUGAAUGUUAGCUUAAUGAUAUGGAUGUUCAGGAAACAAAGGUGAGACGACUGUGUACGAUUCACUUAUGCAACCUGCUGGUGAAACCAGCGAUCAAUUGGUAACAAAGGGCUCUUUUAUGAUCAAACGUAUGUAAGGAAUGUGUAAACAAGCCAUAUUGCAAGUCCUCAAAUCUUUUAUCAGCGUGCAGGAAGACUGUUUUAGCUUAAAACAACAAUUAACCUAAACUAAAAGUCACUUUGGCUAGAAAAUUUAUCCAUGUCCUCGAAGUUGUUUGAUAUUGACAAUUCAGAAUUGCCUUCAGGAUGUAAAUAUCCCUGUUACACGACUACUCGCUCCGUAACCUUUAACUAUACGGGCUGAACGAAGUGCUGGAGGUGUAGUCCUGCAGUAACACUAUAAUCCAAAUAACUUGAAUAAUACUAUAAAUAAAUACUACAAUGUUUAUGAAUGAUACUCCAGUGUUUUCAUAUGUGAUAUUUCGCAUAGUAAAUCUGAACUGUUUAUUCUAUUGAAAUAAACUCUUUGCUUU